GUAAACGCAGGGCGGGAGACAAGUGUCAUGCGGGUGGUUCGCCUCGCCGAGGAGCAGAGCGUCGGUUGUGCAGCGUGAAGAGGAGGGUGGGUGGAUUUCUUUAUUUAUUUAUCCCUUCUUCGUUUUCUUUUUUUGGAGAGCUGCUGCUGGUUUAUUUUCUUGGCCGUUGCUGCUGAGGAUCUGGAAUGUUGCACGGGAGAUCGCAGCCAAGCUGAUCGCCAGCAGCGCCGAAGGCGGCGAGCCGGACAGGAGGCAAGGCAGGCAGAGCUGGCUGCCGCGCUCGCAGGGCGAUGAAGCGCCGAAAGCUGGCCGUGGCUGCCGGCUUCUGCCUCUCCUUCUUGCUGGGCACUUUGCUCAACGUCUUCUUCAUCCCGGCCUUUGAUCCCCAGCAGCAAAACGCGGGGAUCACGCACUCGCUGGCGGGCUCGCCUCUGGACGUGCCGGGGGAGGUAGAAUACGGCGGCGGCGGCAGCAGCAACAACCACCGCUGGGACUUAGCCCGACAGAUCCGAGAGCGCUACGAGGAGGUGUUGCGCUACCAGCAGCUGCAGCCUCGGGAAGCCGCGGGGGCAGCCGGCGCCGGGUCUCGCCUGGCGAUGAGACCCCUGGAGCGACGGCUCAUGGACCUCGCCCCGCAGCGGCUCUCCUCCAACUCGUCGCCCUCCACGGAGCACAGCCCCAAGCUGGGCAAAUCCAAGGUGCCUUCUUCGGCGGAUGUGGGCAGCUCCGGGGCGCCCUGGGACCCCCGAUCCGAACUGGACCUCUCUCUCGGCCCGCUUCGGCUGGGAUGCCGGGACAUCGGCAACGUGACCAACGUGCAUUAUCUGGGCUCUGGCUACACCAAGUCCGUCUACAAAGCGGUGCUCAACCGGAGCCUGGCGGUGGCCCUGAAAUCUGUCGAUUUUGGGGGGCACGACAUCGACAAUUGCGUCAAGCUCUACGGGUCUUUGGAGGACUGUUACAGGCUGGCCUCCUAUAAGAUUAUUAAGGAGAUGGUCCUUUUGCAGAGGCUGCGGCACCCCAACAUUCUUCAGCUUCGUGGGUAUUGUUACCAAGACAGCAAUGACAUCUCAGAUACGCUGACUGCCAUCACGGAACUAGGCUCUCCCCUGGAGAUGAUUCAGCUUUUACAGACUUCCUGGGAGGACAGAUUUCGGAUCUGCUUCAGCUUAGUUCAGCUUCUGCAUUAUCUGGCCCACUCUCCCCUUGGCUCCGUGACUCUCUUGGAUUUCCGACCCCGGCAGUUUGUGAUUGUGGACGGAGAGCUCAAGGUGACGGAUCUGGAUGACGCCAGCAUUGAGGAGACCUCCUGUACUAGCAGCAGGGACUGUUUCAUGGAGUUCCCAGCCAGAAACUUCACCUUGCCUUGUUCUGUUGAGGGGAAAUGCCAAAGUAUGAAUGAGAAGAGGAAUCUUUACAAUGCCUACAGGUUUUUCUUUACCUAUCUUCUGCCGCACAGUGCCCCUUCAUCCCUGAGGCCAUUGCUCGAUGUGAUUGUCAAUGCUACAGGAGAACUUCAGUGGGGAAUAGAUGAAACAGCUGCUCACCUUGAAAAAGUUUUACAUUUAUACAAAAGUGGCAUAUACCUCCAGAAUUCUACACGGACACCCAGAUCAGAUUACAGAAGGGUGCCCGAAGCUGAUAUCACUGAUGAGAAUUACAGAUGCUGGCCAUCCUACCAUCACAAAGGAUGUCUCCUUUCUGUGUUUGAUGUUAGUGAGGCCAAAGAGGUUUGCGAGAGUCAUUCACAGUGCAAAGCUUUUGUGCUCACCAACCAAACAACGUGGACAGGUCGUCAGCUGGUCUACUUCAAGAUGGAAUCCACUUCCAUUGUGUCUGAUCGUGACAAGACAACCUACGUGAAAGUGACCGUUUGAAAGCUAGCAUGAUGUUUAAGUCCAAUCCUGUGCAACUUUACUCAGAAGUAACUCCUACCAAGUUCAGCAGGUGUGCGUAGGAUUGCAGCCCUAGCCCAGCUAGUAAAAUAUGAUAGCAGUUUGCAUGCAAAUGUCGACCACUGUCAUAUACAACGAAGCAGAGGAUGGAGAGGGAAUUGCACUAUCACUCCUUCUAAACUACAAAGUAUGAAAUCAGACUUUGAAAGAAGAGACCAGCGUGACUAGGACAAAUGUGCAAUAGGAUGACAUUUUUAAAAUGUGACUUUUAAAAAGCAGAAUGAAGUCCAGAAUGUGAUACACUGUGUGGCUAUCUAUAGGUUGCUAGAAAGCAACAGUCACCCUUAGUAUAUGUGCCUCAGGGUAUAUGUGCUAUGUCAAAGGUUUGCAUAGAGUUUGGUUUGGAAUUUUUUUUUUCAUUUUCAUAGGGAGUUUGGGAUGCCCAGUUCAGAUAUUUAUGUGGGCACAUACAAUCAAUGCAGCGCUGUUAAAACCUCAUGAGUUCCAAAGCUAAAGAUCAAACCUCCUGGGAGACAAUCAGUACUUCUGUCCAUUGAACCAAAUAUGCAAGACCAAAAAUUAUGGUUGUCCUUGUGCAAUGGAUCAUAUAGUAUCUACUAAAGUUAUCAGCCAUUUUUGUAAAAAAAAGAGUUGACUUACCAGUUCUGAUUUAAAUCUCCAUAAAUUUGCCAAUGAAAAAAUGCAGUAGUUCAAAAGGAAAAUAGUUUAGCUCUAGAUGAGGCGUGCACAUAUUGCAGGAGGCAUUAUCUUAAGAGAAGCAUUCGUCCUUCUCAUUUACAUAGGAGGGAAUGCGAAUGUAAUCGGCUACUUGACUAAACGUUGCAGGCAAAGUAUCUACAGAUCAGUAAUGUACCCAGUGUUCAAUUUAAAAUAAACUUGCAAGGUGCCCAUUAUUAUGAUGGAAGGAGGAAAAAGAAAGCUGCAUACUACAGAGACCCAGUGUGUGAAUGUGUAUGUGUGUGCAAUUAAUCAGAGACAUGUCUCCCUGAGCUCACCGAAUGGUGUUCCAGCCCUAACUGCAGCGAUGUACUUUUCCCAUCCAAGAGAAUGGAAACCAUGCACUUGGAGAAAGUAAAAGGUCUUAAGAUAAUGUUGAGGUGGGAGCUAACCCCAUCUCUUCUUGCAGGAGAAGGAAAGAAGGAUUUUGUCCCUAUCUCAUCAGUUUGUGACAAAUGCAUCCCGCUUGCUAUAUCCCAUAUCACUUAAUGAGAGCCAUUGACAAUCAAGCCUGUCCCUAUCUGCACAGUUCCUCUUGGCUUCUGUUUCUUGGUCCUGAUAGAAUGGGAUACUGGAGUGCUACAAAGAGGCAAAGCCCAGGAAUAGGCUUUUAGAUAUAUGCCAUAAGUUGAUCAGCAGCUGUCCAACUUAAAAGACUUCCCCAGCUUUCAUUUGCUUAGCUCCAGACCAAUGCUUAAUAUUGAGUAGUAUUGUCUAGGUUACUGUGAUUUCAUCAAGUGCAUAAGAGUUUUUGAUACGUGGGACUAACUCAGAUAUUUGAUGGGAAAAAUUGAAAGGCUUGGAUAUACAGAAUGGGCUUUCCAUCUUGAUUUCUUAAGAACUCUACUGUGAUCAGGGCUGGCCCUACUAUUUGGUAGUGAGGUGACCACCUCAGGUGGCACAACAUCAGCAGCCAUUGGCCAUUUCUCCUGAGCUUCUCCAGCCAUUCCCUUCUACUGCCGAACUGCUUACCCUAGGCCUCCUAAUCUGACCUUCUGCCUCAGGUACAGUGGAGGAUACUAUUGCAUCAUUCAGUGUUGAAGUAAGAUUCAACUGCCAGUCAAGUUGACUUCUGUAAGUGGAAUGGAGAGGGGCACCAUUUUGUCCUUUUGCCUUGGGUAGCAAAAUGCCUUUGGCCAGCUCUGAUUAUGAAAAAUGCUCUGGAUUGCUGAUGUAUCCAACUGAUAGGAUUGCUGUAUAACAGGGAAGGGAAACCUGCAGUCCUCCUGAUGCUACUGGACUACAAGUCUCAUCGUCCCUGACCAUUGGCUGUGCUAAGUGGGAUUGAUGAGAGUUGGACUCCAAUACGUGGGAGGCCACACUUUCCUUAUCCUUGCCCUCUAGGAAGCAAUGUGGAUCAUUUAUGUUGGCAUAACUUCUUCAGAUGUGUGUGUGUUCAGGAGAACCUUUGAAGAAAAAACACUGCAUAUGAUUGCCCUAUGUGACAUUGGGACUGCCUUUGUUUUUAACAGCGUUCACAUAGAAGUGUGUCCCUGGUAUAUCAGCAGAGUCGCUAAUAAUAACAGCACAAUUUUUCAGGUGUUACCAUGUGACAAAAGAUACAUUUCUGCUGCAGGAUAUUUGGAGUGCUGAUGGUGCUGGCUACUAUCUUUGACAACAAAUGACCUUUAACAGCAAGCAAACCCAGGCCUUAAUAAAUGCAAUAGAAAUAGCAAAAUCUUUUUAUAGGCAAAGUGUGUCUAGAUAAUACGCUUUCAGUGAAAGCAAACAAGAAAAUGUUUAAAAGUGACAAGUGUCAUACUGUUUUCUAGUUUCAGAAUCUUUUGUACUUUUGCUCUUAAAUUGUUUAUUUUUGUAAUAAAAUUCAACAAAAUGGA